AUGAGGAUUAGAAGAGAAGCGGAAGAACAAGAAUCUUGGAACAAUUUCGCUUGGUGGGGAUUUCGAAAUGUAAUGCAGUCCAACCUCCCAAUAAGAACGCUCAGCCUACGAGGAGAGAAAGAGAGCAUGGUGGUGGUACUCGAAAAGGAGGAAAAACUUUUUCCCCUGGGAGGUUUUGGCGUUCUUGAUAAGAGGUCGGACUGGACCUUGGUUGUUCACGUUUCGCGAUCAUUGUUUUACGGACGUGCAGAGUUAUUUGACGUCGAAGAUGAUUCUCCCGGUUAUUUUGUUCCUCCUCUACGCGACGCAUCACGCCGAGUCGAUGGACGAAGUGUCCGAUUCUUACUAGGUGAUUAUAUGCGACUGUUUUUCAAACAAUGCAAUUACUUUCUGGACGGCUUCAUGUUAAAUUAUCGCGAUGUUGCGAAAGAUCGUGACCGUUGCAGAUUGAAAAACCGCGCUUUCGGGGUCUGUACCUUGCUGAACAACUGCGCCGUCGUAUUCCAGCAAUUGGUGGAUGGCAAAGCGCCAGAUUCGAUUUGCGGAUAUGCUGGAUUUGAACCAGUCGUUUGCUGUCCAAAUAGCCGACCAAAAACCACGCGGCCAACUCCGACUGUCUCUCGGAAUCCGGUGGGAGACGGACGAGGUGCAAUUGCGAGACAGAAAUGUGCUGAAUAUGCCAAUUACACUCGUGAAAUACGCGAGGCCCUGAAUGGACAAAAAGUGAGGAUAUCCGUUUGCGCGAUCAAUUACCCAAAAUUGAUUUUAGGAGGAACAAGGGCCGAGCGUAAGGAGUUCCCCCACAUGGCAGCGGUUGGUUACGAUUCGGGAAACGGUAGAAUCGGUUGGUACUGCGGAGGCACCCUGAUAUCCGAGAAUUUCGUAAUGACAGCAGCCCACUGUACUUAUUCAUCGGGUUGGGGUGCCGCGAAAUGGGUGCGCGUUGGCGAUUUAAACCUGGAGCGUUCCGACGACGGGGCGAGUCCGGAGGAUCGUCGCAUUGCCGAGAGGAUCAGACACCCUGAGUACCAGCGUCCUGCGCAAUACCACGACAUCGCGCUUCUUCGUCUCGAGUCCAGGGUGCCCUUCAACGCCUGGAUCAGACCGGCUUGUCUGCACACCUCACCCACCACUGGGACUGAGAAAGCCAUAGCGACUGGAUGGGGGCAUGUUGAAUGGUUUGGCGAUGAAGGUUCGAGUGAUCUUCUAAAAGUUACGCUUCCCUUCGUCGAUCAGCGAACUUGUAACGCGAGCUGGUCAACUGGCGGGUCUCUAUUCCAGCUUCCCAAUGGAGUAGUUGGAGAAUGGACGAUGUGUGCUGGACAAUCGGGCCGUGACACGUGUCAGGGUGACAGUGGAGGCCCUCUCGUGAUAUACAGCAGCAAGGAUUAUUACUGCAUGUACGAUGUAGUCGGAGUCACAAGUAUAGGACAACUCUGCGGAAGUGUAAUUCCCACCAUUUACACACGCGUUUAUCACUACGUUCCGUGGAUAGAGUCCGUCGUGUGGGGCCGAGGAUAAAUCCGAUACUGGUAUGGAUUCGA